GCUACAAGCAAAUGUGCAUUGUACGAACUACUAAGGCGUCCCACUUCAAAAUUUAUUUUUGACCAUCAAACUGUCAUAAGCUAAUGCUUUAGUCACUAACCGUUACCAUUAGUUACCUCUUUUUAAAUGUAAGUGAAUGUAAUGAACCAACUAUAUGGUUACUUUUUCUGUUCUCUUCCAUAGAUUUUCUCAGAUUUUCUACUCUCCAAACUAUAAUUACAAGCGAAUUACUUCCAAAUUAUAUCCAAAUAUACUAGAGGAUGAAGAUCAAGCGUUAAAAAUCAAUCAUUUUUUAAUAAAUGGUGUAUGAAUUCAUCUGGAGUCUUCCAAUAUUUUUCAUCGGUAUUUAAUCAAUGGAUAGACAGGAAUCUACUUCGAAAACGUCUUCAAGUCUCAGAACUGAAUUAGAUGUUCCCUCAGCAGAUACUUGUUUGACUGUUUCUUGCGGAUAUAACCUGCGACCAUCAGGAAGUGUAUCGUCGAUUGCCUCAUCAUUCACAGCGACUAAAAGUGAAUUGGUGACUAAAAACUACCUAGUUGGGAGUAUAGCUGGAGGUGCAGGCUCUUUACUAGGAAUGAGGGAACUAAACAAGAUAAUUCCAGGUAGUAACAUAGAUAUCCAAGUUGUUACAUGGAAUAUGUUAUCCAUGAAGUCUCAGUUUUAUCCGGAAGAUUUGAGUGAUCUCUUCUUCAGUGGGUCUUCCGAAGAAGCUGCAAGCGUUUAUGCCAUUUGUAUACAAGAGUGUUCUUCCGACAAAAAUGAACUUCUUGUGAGAUUGCAAGCUGCUAUCGGCAUAAAACAUGUUCUGUUUACAUAUGCAACCCAUGGGACUUUGGCUUUAAUGAUAUUUCUAAACCGCGAUCUUAUAUGGUAUACUUCGGUGCCUCAGUCAGUUGGAGUCACAACUUCAGCUGCCGUACGAACUAAAGGAGCUGUAGCUAUUUGCUUUAUACUUUUUGGUACAUCGAUUUUAUUCCUCUCAGCCCAUUUUAAAGCUAACCAUACAAAUUUUGAACGGAGAAUUCAAGAUUAUUUACAAGUAGUGAAUAAUAUUAAUCUACCAAAAGUUGGAUUUAACAAAGGAUAUAAAUACGAAGAACCCAACCCAUUGGAUCGGUUUGAUGUUGUAUUCUGGGCAGGUGAUUUAAAUUUUCGAAUACAACGACCAAGACAUAUUGUCGAAAACAUAAUUAAAGGAAAAUAUAAGCAUAGAACAUUUGAAGAACUUUUAUCGGUUGAUGAAUUACUCAAUGCACAGUCACAAGGUAUCAUCUUUCAUAAUUUUGAUGAAGGCCGUAUUCGCUUCCCUCCAACUUACAAAUUUGAUCUCAAUUCAGAUGUUUACGAUUCGUCAGAAAAACAACGCGUUCCAUCAUACACAGACAGAAUAUUGUUCAUGUCAAAAAAGAAAGGCAAUUUGAUCUGCUUGGAUUACAACAGUAUUAAUACAAUACGUUCAUCGGAUCAUAGACCUGUGUUCGCACUAUUCAGUUUAGUUUUAAGACCUGGGUCUGAUAACAUUGCGCUAGCAGCUGGUGCAUUUAAUAGAGAGGUAUACAUAGCAGGCAAUCAACGUCGUGCUCUACGUUUAGAUAAACUAAAAUCAGGAAAAAGUACAAUUCAUGCUAGAGUUUGCACUAUUCAAUGA